AUAAUAAUAAAUAGAUCUAUAUAUGUGUUGUAUUCUUUUAAGUCGCAGCUCUUGUAUUUCAGUAGGCUACAAGACAAGUGAGGAAAAUUCCAUGGAACUCGAUGUCAAAUGGAACAAAGUCCGUUGAAAAAUGCGACAAGGAGAAUGGGGAAGUAUAGUAUUACAUGCAGGCUUAUUUGAAUAGUGCCUAUGAUUUAGGUAUUCAAAAACAAAAAGACGAAAAUGCAAAUAAGUGUUCACCAGGAAUGAAAAAAAAAAGGUCACAAAUUCGUUGCUUUUUGAUUCAUGUUUUAUAAUAACAAAGAGGAAUUUUACUUUCGUUUUUCUAAUGUCGACGUGUUUCAAUGCGGUUACGCCAAGUGAUAUUAUGUUCCAAAAUGCAGCAAAAUAUGAUGCAAGAAUCUUUUGGGAUUCUAAAAACACACUAGCUUUGAAACAUACAGACAAACAUUCUAUCUUGAUCCAUGACUCCUUUCUUUACGAAUGAUUUAAGUUGAAAAAGUAUUGAAAUAAUGAUUUCCGUGAGCUGAAGUCACAACUGAAGAAAUGCCUUGAACUUGAGUUUGAACUGACUGUAUUAUUGAUUUAUGAUACACGCUGUACUAUUCAGUACAGUGCUUUUUAAGCCGAGGUCUCUGCUUUUAUGGUUUGCCAACCGUGCUGCUGAACUCAAACUUUCAUGGUGUUGAGUGAGAAUGGUGAAGAAAGUAUCAAGAUUUCUCACAAAACAGGAACCGGUGAAAUGAGCAAGGUUGACAACUGGGGCCUAGAUCUAUGUGCAUGCUAGAUUUAGAUUAGAUAUCAAGAAUCUAGAUCUAAUUGCUACUGUUUUUGACCCACUGUUAAAUGAAACUGCAGACACCAGGAGAUGUAAAUAGACUUGAGCAUGGUGGUGUGGUUUUUUGAGUUGACUUGCUGAACAUUUUUUUAGAUUAAUCAUUGUGGUCCGUCCAACUUGUCAACGUUUCAAGCUGCACAUUCGGAGUGUCUUGGAGAACCGUGUAUUGACAGACAUGAGUAUUUUUCGGAAAAGUAUUCAAGUUGUGGCACAGGUUUUGGUUGUUUUCUCAAUAUCUCAACUUUUUAUGCACAACUUAUGGGUCAGUAGUGAACAGACACAACAGAUUGAUAAGUUGUCUGCAAAGUCUGAUGAUCAUGCAAAGUCAGCGCUUGUGUUUGUGAAAGAUACAGAUGAGAGUGAUACUGAUGAGGAUGAUGGUAUAGUUUCUGUCGAAGACAAUGAAAAUGAUGUCGGUGAAAGUGUAACAGAAGAGUUUGUGGCAACAGAAGAAUGGCAAGAAGUUAAGAAAGGUCAAAAAAUACCACCUGGUUUACAUGUACAAAUGGAUCUGCAGAGUGGCAAACGCAAGGCUAGGCUCAUUGGCAAUCGAAAAGCAAGACAUAGAAAAGCAAAAGAGCGGAUAAAAACUUGGGAUGCUGGAGAAAAGAUAGGCUUCAUCAACACAGAGAAAAAAAGGUUUACAAGAGAACAAUUAAAGGAGGCUCUCAAAGAUUUUAAAUACAAAGAUCUGGAGUCUGAGGUGAAGGAGGAAAAAAAAGAUAAGGAGCAGAAGAAAUUCCGCAGUUACGAUGAACUAAAGAAAGUCAUGCAAGAUGCCAAAAUGUCAGUGAAAACUGAGGGAGAAAUUGUGACGGAGCUUUUGUCAAGGUUGCAGAAUCCUAGCCUAGGAAAAGAGGAGGCAGUCCUGAUCCUGACUGACUUGGAGUACUAUCUUCAUCAGAUUGACAAUGCAAGGUUGUUUUCUGACCAGGGAGGCUUGAACAGUUUGAGACAAUUUUUGAAUAAGUCUGAUCCUGACAUCAGAGCUGGGGCGGCACACUCUUUAGGGGCUGCCUUGCAAAGUAACGUUCAAGUUCAAGUCGCAGCUAUGGAUUCUGGACUUAUGCAACAACUGGUGACAAUUUUGUCGGUGGACACUUCCUUACAAGUUCGCAAGAAAUCACUUUUUGCCCUGUCCACACUCAUACGCCAAUUCCCAUUUGCUCAGAAAAGAUUUUUAGAUAUUGGAGGUCUGCAAGCACUAGCAGAUCUUUUUGUUGCUGCGAAAGAAGAAAAGUUGAAGAUAAAGAUUGUCACAUUGCUCACCGACUUGUUAGUGGAAUAUGACUUUAAUAUACAGCACAUUCAAGCUGAUGACUCCGUCCAGUCUCAGAGGUCCAUGCAGUAUAAAGAAAUUGAGCUGCGAAAAACCAUGUCUUCCAGUGGCUGGUGCAGUUUAAUGACCUCUCUCCUCCAGUCCCUCUCUGGCCACGACAGUGUGGAGAAACUCAUCACUGCUAUGUCUGCUCUCGCCAACACGUGCAAACAAGAUUUUUCUCCGGCACGAUCCCACCUACAGAGUUUGCUCUCACAGUAUCGCCAGCUGGCGCAGGAAGAGAAAGAUGAGGGUCAGGAUGACUUUUUUACAUCUAUUUAUUCUUCUUUAGAGAAUCUAGUUGGUCAGAUCGUGAGGGAUGAUUUGUAAUUGGUGUAAAAUGUUGAAAACCAUAAGAGGAAAAUAUUUUGUACUAGAUGUCAGAAUGAAUUAUUUUUAGACUUGAAAUAUUGGGUAGUACUGUGGAAUACUUUUCCUCCGGCUCUCAGAGAUGAGGAAAUCUUAAGCCACUCGCUCAACUGUUACAUAUUUGUAUCCCUUAUAAUUUGACAUUGUUCUUGUCCGAUAUAUUAAUAUCAGAGGAUCACAGUGUUGCUGUCUGUUUCUCGUGACUAUUUGAUGGAUGGUAUUACUAGAAAAAUUACUUUUGACAUCAAGUUACAAAGCCAGGACCAUCUUAUGUGAGCAAAUUUCCUUUCAUGCAAGUUCGUAUGAGUGGACUCCACUGUACAUUUACAGCCUUAUUGUUCAAACAUCUGCUCAUCCUUUUUGCUGUUUCUAGUCAGUACUCAUGGGGUGACCUGAUUGUCAAUGUCUGCUGCAGAUCUGACACCUGAAGAAGAAGAAUCAGUAACAAGUGAAACAUUUUACUUGACGUCCACUUGAACUUAAAUUGCUUCAGAUUUUAGGGGAUGCAUGUGCCUGGCCAGAGAAUUUCUCCUUUUAUAAAGUGGGAAGUUGAAGCUUCAAUGAACAGACACUGCAUCUGAGUGGGGUAUAAUUUUUCUGAGUUGGGUCUUGUAUUUCCAGUUCUUCCUGAUCCUAAUCUCUACUGCUGGCAAUGAGUUGUGACCUUAUUCUUAUUUCAUUGCAAAGACUUAUUUUUAUGUUGAUGGGCACCCUUUGUUGAUUUUUCUGCAUUUUGAUUUUAAAAAUCCUGUUUGCAUUCUAGUCUCUUCAUUUUCCUAGAAGUGCUUGGCUUUUUCUUCAGCGCUGCUCACUCUACCUCUUUCUUGAGCACAUUAUUAUACAUCAGUUAAUAAAGAGGUCAUUGUCUCUUUAAAAGGAUUAUUUGGGGGAAAGAUGGAAAGGAAGUAUUUGUUCAAAGCUCAGGCUGAGAAUAUUUUUUAAAUUCUGUUAAUGUACAUCGAGUCUAACUAAACAAUUGUCACAGUGUAUGUAUAGCUGAUUAUGUAAUGUAAACACAAGUGUCUCAGAAAAUCCACUCAUAUAUAAUAUAUAUAUUCAUUUUCAUCACUCUGUAAUUGACUCCAUUUGAACGGAUAAAGAUUUAGCAGUUAUUGACUCAGCAGGUUCGAUGCAUGCAAGGUGUACAUUCGAAAGAGGCAUGGCUUAAUGAUUAUUGUAAAAGGGUUCAAGGCUGUACAGGUAGAACAACUGUUUUAUUUUUAAUGAAAUCGUAAGGAAAAAUUUAAUGGACUGGUUUGUAGUAUGUGCUGAAAUUGAUUGAAUCUUUUUAUCUUUUCAAAAAGAAAGCUGCAUUUCCUCAUUUGUCUGACAUUUUCAUUGUACCAUGUUUAUAAUGCAUAUUUUGUUGUUUAUUCUCAUUCCCUUAUACUUUUACUCUCAUUACAAUGAUGUGAUAUUUUGGAUGAGGUAAGAAAGUGACAUUAAAUAACUCUGCUGUCCAUUGAAUUACUGUCCAUGGAAUGAGAUGUCUUCAUGAAGAAAGAUUGAAGAGUAUGUCAAGUUUAUGAGUAUUGUAUGUGUUAUUUUUUUGCUUUUUUCAUUACCGGGUACUCUAUGCUCUUUUGAGAAUAAUGCUGUGGUUAUUUCUAUGAAGCAACUUUUGAACCAGCAAUGUCCGUUUCUGGUAAGAAAUGAGUUAAAAUGACAUCAUAUCCUCUCUCAUGAAGUGUUGAAAUUUCUUUCUCAAUUUUUGAUAAAUAGUAGGGUUUAUGACUCCGCAGUAUAGGCCCUACCUUGUUUUGUCAUUAAAUGUAAUCUACAGUCUAGCACGCACAUGGCGCAAUCGGUUGGAAGCAGAAAUCUUUUUGUCAAAAGAAUUUCACUCAGUAUGUGUUUCAGGCUAUGGAAGGACAAAGUUGGAUAAUUGGGUCAAAAUUUUACUUUAGUUAUGCCCUUUAUGGUCAUAUGUGUUGCAUUCAUAGUUCUGUAUGUUUAAGCUGUUUUGCAGAUUUGGGAUUUUGGCAUUGGUUUUAUAUCCACCUCUGCUGGGAUGAGCCACUUUUCCUUGACCAGGAAGCCUUUCAGCGUCUUAGGCUCUGCCAUGGUUCACUCUCUACAACAACUUCACCUGGACCUAACUUUGCAAAAUGCUGGCAAGCUGUCACAUAGUGUGUAAUCUGUGUCGAAAGGAAGUUCAUUUACACUCUGGUGACAUAGUCGACAUGCAGACAUAGACUUUUCAUACAUGCAAAGUGAAACUUGAACAGGCUAGAUCCACCGCUGAACACUUCUGUGACAAAUGCAAUAACACAUUCUUGGCUUACAAUAUUGCCUUCGGCUUAUAGAGAGAUGAUUGGCCAACAUUCGUACAGUGCUUGCUCUCUCAUCACAGCUACUUUGGUAAAUGAAAGUUGCUGUCAUUUUACCCUCUGGUGGCCCUAAUUUUUUUUUCUCCACUAUGUGCGGAUUGUUUUUGCUGUGUGCAUGUUUUGAAUACAAAGAAUAUAAUAUGAAAGGAAAAAUUUGGAACCUUAAAACCAGUUUGCUAUAUAUAUGUGUCUUAGCUAUGUGCCUGUUAGACUGUAUGUAAAAACCUAAACUGUUAAUAUUGUCAUUGCUCUUCCACAAUGAAAGAAACUGGAAAUGGCUAUUAUCGACCUUGAAUGGAUUUGUGGUUCAUGAUUUGUCUUAUCUGUACGUGAAUUGUGAUUUUUCAAUAUAUAUCAGUUCACAAUGUUGUACCUAGUACCAAUGAUGUUUGUGGAAAAAACGUGUUUUUUUUCGACAAGAAGCACAAUUGUUAGGAGCUUUUAUUUGAUGCGCCAUAAGACAUGUCAUGAAAAGUUUUUUUUCAAAUCCCGUAGCAAAUGUGGGUGGUGGGAUGAUUUCAGUUUGUGUAAAAAAAA